AUGUGGAUUGAAAUGCUUGUGGGACUUUUGUCCCUUCUCAUACUUGCGGAUACGCUCUACAAACGGCGACGUCAUAUUAUGAUUGAAAAGGCUGGUAUUCGAGGACCAACUCCAUUGCCGAUUUUGGGAAAUGUUUUGGAAUUUGUGGGCAAUACCACAGCCAAUUUUUCUACAUUAAUGGACAAUCUGACCGCCAAAUAUGGUAAAAUUAUACGCAUGUGGAUGGUUAACCAUUGUGUUCUGUUCGUACGCGAUGUCAAAUAUUUUGAAGAUAUUUUCAAAAGUCAACAGCUGAUUACCAAGAAUAAUCUCUACACGUUGUUAAGUGGUUGGUUGGGUCAGGGUCUGCUGCUGAGUUCUGGACCCAAAUGGUUUUCACGCAGAAAGAUAAUUACACCCACCUUUCAUUUUAAAAUUUUGGAAGAAUUUGUAGAGGUGUUCGAUCAACAAAGUAAUGUAAUGGUUAAGAAUUUAAUGAAGGAAGCUGAUGGCAAAACUGUGAUCCGUAUGUUCCCAAAAGUUUGUCUAACCGCAUUGGAUAUUAUUACGGAAACGGCAAUGGGUGUGAAGGUUAAUGCUCAAGAACAUCCUGAAUUUCCCUAUGCCAAGGCGGUGACAGAAACCUCCAACAUAAUGUCGGAUCGUGUUGUGAGACCAUUCGAUCGUUUCGAUGGCUUCUUCCGUAUUUUCAAUAAUAAAACAUAUCGCCACUUGCAGAAUUGUAUAAAAAUCAUGCAUGAAUUCACGGAUAAGGUAAUCGAGGAACGUCGUGAUGCUUUGCAGAAAUCAAUUGAAAAUGGAACCUAUCAGGCGGGUAGUAAUACCGAUGAAAUGGGUAUUAAGAAGCGAAUGGCAUUCCUUGAUGUGUUGCUGCAAUCGACAGUGGGUGGUAAACCACUCUCAAAUAUGGAUAUUCGUGAAGAAGUUGACACAUUUAUGUUUGAGGGUCAUGAUACGACGACCAGUGGUAUUUGUUUUACUUUGUAUCUGCUAUCACGUCAUCCUAAGGUCCAGCAGAAGGUGUUGGAAGAAAUCCACACAGUCAUAGGGGAGGAUAAAGACAAGCCAGUGACAAUGAAGGAGCUGCAAGAUCUCAAGUAUUUGGAUUGUGUGAUUAAGGAGAGUUUGCGUUUAUAUCCACCAGUACCAAUGAUUGGUCGUGUCACCGAACAGGAUAUUGUGAUAAAUGGUGUUACCAUUCCGGCAAAGACCAACAUUACUUUGCUGAUGUAUGCCGCCAUGCGUGAUCCCGAUUAUUUCCAUCACCCCGAUGAUUUCUUGCCCGAACGUUAUCUGAAUACCGAAGAUGCAAAUAAAAUCAAUCCAUUCGCUUAUGUUCCAUUCAGUGCGGGACCACGUAACUGUAUUGGCCAGAAAUUUGCCAUAGCAGAAAUGAAAAGUACCAUCAGUAAAAUGGUUCGACAUUUUGAAUUACUACCAUUGGGUGAGGAGGUCAAACUUGUUAUGAAUAUAAUAUUGCGUUCGGAGACUGAUGUGCAAUUGGGUUUGAAACCCCGCAAGUAG